GGUUGAGGAGUGGCAAACCUUUCGAGAGAUAGAGAGCUCUUGGAAAUUGCUCAGACGCACAGCACAAGUCACGCUGGAUGGCACCAUUAACACUGCUGUUGGUUUUGGUGCAUAGAUUUUGAGAUCGGAGCCACGGUUCCAUUCACCUCUCCAAAGAGAAGUAUGUUGACUGGCAUCGGUGGAACGAUGGAUCGACUCAACGUUCCAGCGCCGUCUUGACUGAAUACUAGUGUUUGGCACACAUCAAUGUGUGUGUUUGUGUUGACUGUGGACAUGCGUAAGAGGAAAAAACUAUUACAAUUUCCAUUUUAACACAAAAGCUCACUUUGGAUGAAGAGAGCCACUGAAGCUGUGAAGUGUCUAUGGCUUGCAAUGUUUUGAAGUGGAUCUGCGGCUCGUCGCAAGACAGCGAGGGGAACAAGAGGAGGCUCGUGUGUUCUUUCCCAGAGGAUGAGGAGUUUUCCCAGCUGUGGCGUUCCUACAGCGGGAACAAAAUUCGCACCACCAAGUACACCUGGCUCUCGUUCAUCCCCAAGAACCUCUUUGAACAGCUGCACCGCUUAGCUAAUGUUUACUUCCUGUUCAUCUGCGUGCUUAACUUUGUGCCUAUUGUCAGUGCUUUCCAGCCAGAGAUUGCCAUUUUGCCCCUGGCCAUAGUUAUGUCCAUUACUGCGGUUAAGGACCUGUGGGAAGACUUCCGGAGACAGAAGUCUGACCGAAAGGUGAACAACCUGCUUUGUGAGGUUUAUGACCGGAAGCAGCAUGAAUAUGUGGACCGUCGCUGGGCUGAAGUGCGUGUGGGGGACCUGGUGCGACUGUGCUGUAAUGAGAUCAUCCCUGCGGACAUGGUGCUGCUCCACUCCUCCGACCCCAAUGGUGUGUGCCACAUCGAGACGGCCAACCUGGACGGGGAGACCAACCUCAAGCAGAGGGAGGUGGUGCGGGAUCUGCCCCAGCAGGGUUCUGAGUUCCACCCAGAAAACUUCAGCAGUCAUAUUGAAUGUGAAAACCCCAACAACAACCUGAGACGCUUCCGAGGAUACAUGGAGCAUCCGAGUAAGACUCGUGUGGGGCUACACAGUGACAACUUGCUUCUGAGGAGCUGUACUGUGAGAAACACUGAGACAGUGGUGGGCAUUGUGGUCUAUGCUGGACAUGAAACGAAGGCGAUGCAGAACAACAGCGGUCCACGCUACAAGCGCAGCAAGAUGGAGAGGCGGCUGAACGUGGACGUGCUGUGGAGCGUCGUCAUCCUGCUGCUAAUGUGUCUGACGGCUGCUGUCGGUCAUGGCUUGUGGUUGAAUAGUCUGAAGGACCCCAUCUACUUAAUCCCUGGAGACCCUCCUCCUGCACUGGCCGGCUUUUAUAUGUUCUGGACAAUGAUCAUUGUUCUGCAGGUGUUGAUCCCCAUCUCCCUCUACGUGUCCAUCGAGAUAGUCAAGCUGGGCCAGAUCUACUUCAUCCAGAACGACCUGGACCUCUACAACGAGAGACUGGACACGGGCGUCCAGUGCAGGGCGUUGAACAUCACCGAGGACCUGGGACAGAUCCAGUACAUCUUCUCGGACAAGACCGGAACCCUGACUGAAAACCGCAUGCUGUUCCGUCGCUGCACCAUCGCCGGAACCGAGUACCCUCACCACGAGAAUGCUCGUGCUCAGGAGCUGUAUGAGGAGCCGGCGGCGGAGGGGGGGUGCUCCAACACCCUGCGCUCGAGGACCAGCCAUCGCUCCCUGAGCUGCCGCUCACUCAGCUGCAACCGCAGCUCCACCUCGCUCAACACGCUCACCCGCGACUCCGACACGCACUCCCACGACGACGCGCACCCCACACUGACCCGCGGAGCCUUCAGCAGUGCUAUGGAGUGUGUGGUGGUCCCUGACCCUCCGCUGCAGCUGAAGUUGGGGGGACUCUCGUCCCCUCUGGCCCCUCCCCUCAAGCAGAAUGCUGCGGAACUCUCGCACAUCCUGGACUUUUUUCUGGCGCUGGCCGUCUGUAACACUGUGGUGGUGUCGUCCCCCACACAGCCGAGGCACAUGGUGCAGCUCCCAGUGCCCCGCACCCCUCUGAGCACCCUUGAGGACAUGAAGCUGCUGCUGCAGAAGUUGAGCCUGCCGCGCUUCGCCCUCACGUCGCCCACCUCUGCCAACGCCGGGGCCCAGCCCAACACGCCGCCCCAGCCCAGCCUCACCCGGAGGCUCUUUGCCCGCGGCCGCUCGGCCACCUUCACUCCCAACACUCCAAACCUCACCCCCAUCCAGACUCGCACUCCAUCCCCGUGCCCCUCUCCCUCUCCCGCCCCGUCCCCAUCCCAGCUCCGGGCUCCCCUCACGGGGGCCUGUGGCCACACGAAGCCCCCCACCGGCAGAGACGCCAGCGGUGACCAUAACACUGACACGGAUGAGGAUGACGAUGAUGAGAGCGAGGAGGAAGAGCAGAGGCUCUACGAGGCGGAGAGUCCGGACGAGGCGGCGCUGGUGCAGGCGGCGCGGGCCUACGGCUUCACGCUGCUGGGCCGCUCGCCCGAGCAGAUCCUGGUCCAGCUGCCGGGCACCGGGCCGCUUUCCGUGCCCCUGCUGCACCUGCUGCCCUUCAACUCUGCCCGCAAGCUGAUGUCCGUGGUCGUGCGCCACCCUGUCACAGGACAGGUGGUACUCUACACCAAAGGGGCCGACAACGUGGUCAUGGACCUGGUGUCCUCUGAUGCAGCUGGUGGAGACCGAACGGGCCAGCAGGCUCUCAUAAAGGAGCAGACCCAGAGGCACCUUGACCAGUAUGCCAGAGAGGGCCUCCGCACGCUGUGUGUGGCCAAGAGGGUGCUAGAGGAGGCGGAGUAUGAGACGUGGCUUAAAGGACACAUGUCGGCCGAGACGUGCAUAGAGAACAGGGAGGAGCUCCUGCUGGACUCUGCACAGCGGAUCGAGAACAACCUGACACUACUGGGGGCAACGGGCAUCAUGGACCGGCUGCAGGAGCAGGUGCCUGAGACCAUCGAGGCUCUGCAGAAGGCCGGGAUAAGAGUAUGGGUGCUGACAGGGGACAAACAGGAGACAGCCAUCAACAUAGCGUGUGCCUGCAGACUCCAAAGGCCCACUGACAAACUACUGACCGCCAACUGUGACAGCAAGGAAGCAUGCGAGAUCCUCUUGGCUGAGCUCACGGAGGAGAUCCGUCAUUGCGAGGAGUCAAACGGGGGCACUGACGCGGGCGCUGCAGAAUCCCCCGAGGGUGCUGCGGCUUUGGGCUUCACGCUGGUGAUUGACGGGCGGACGCUGGAUUGGGCUCUGCAGCCGGACCUGGAGAAGGCCUUCCUGGGGCUGACCCAACGCUGCCGCUCGGUCAUCUGCUGCCGAUCCACGCCGCUGCAGAAGAGCCAGGUGGUCAAGCUCAUACGAGACACACUCCGGGUCAUGACCCUUGCCAUCGGUGAUGGUGCAAAUGAUGUCAGUAUGAUCCAGGUGGCUGAUGUGGGGAUCGGUAUCUCAGGACAAGAAGGCAUGCAGGCGGUGAUGUCCAGUGAUUUCGCCAUCUCCAGAUUCAAGCACUUAAAGAAGUUGCUGCUGGUCCAUGGCCACUGGUGUUACAUGCGGCUGGCCAACAUGAUCCUCUACUUUUUUUACAAGAAUGUGAUGUAUGUGAACCUGUUGUUCUGGUACCAGUUCUUUUGUGGUUUUUCGGGCAGCGUGAUGACCAACUCUUGGGUCCUCAUCUUCUUUAACCUCCUCUUCACAUCUGCUCCCCCACUCGUUUACGGCAUCCUGGACAAGGAUGUUUCCGCGGAAACACUCCUCUGCAUUCCGCAAAUCUACAAGUCUGGGCAGGAUUCCCAGGCCUAUCUGCCAUCCACCUUUUGGCUCUCCAUGUUGGAUGCCUUCUACCAGAGUCUGGUGUGCUUCUUCAUCCCUUAUUUUGCCUACGCCGGCUCUGACAUUGGCGUCCUCUCCUUCGGCUCGCCCAUCAACAGCGCCGCCCUCCUCAUCAUCCUACUGCACCAGGUCAUCGAGAGCCGCACACUGACGUCGUUGCAUGGGGUCGUGUUGAUUGGCAGUGCAGUGUUCUACUAUGCCUUUGGCCUGGUGUUCAGUGUGGUGUGCGUGACAUGCAACUCGCCCACAAAUCCCUAUGGCAUUGAAUUACACUUCAUGUCCGAGCCCAGCUACUACUUUGUGAGUUUACUCACAACAGUGGUGGCCCUGCUGCCCAGAAUCUUGAUCCGUGCUUUUUGUAACACCAUCAGUCCAUCGGAUACAGUAAGGGCGGGAAUCAUGGACAGACUCCGCCCCGAAGAGUACUGGACAUGUGUCAGUCAGUGGAAAGACCGCCUCCACUCCAAGAAUGUCCAGAGUUCCCGACUACCCCCUUCCAAUCUCAGCAUCAACGCAGACCCUCCCCACUCAACAGACUGCUACCCAGAAGCCUGCUCUGUGCUCUCCUGACCAGAGGACAACACUGUAGUGUCAUCAGCGUAGAGAUUGGCAAAAGCCUUAACCAGUCAGAGAGCUGUUUGGUCUGUAACACUGCAGGCAGUCUUCCAGAUCAGCUAGUCUUCCAGAGAUGAGAGGACGAUGACGCUGUGGGAGAUGUUUGGGGAGUGGCUAUUCUGCUGAGACUGCUUAUAUGCUUUAUACUGAGGCAAAGAUAUUAAAGAAAUGCAUUUUAGAAAUGCAAUUUACUGGGCAAGUUGAGGGCAAUAUUUGAGCUCCCCUACUCCAUGGUAAACUGUCAACUGGAAUGUCCCACUGUCAUUUGGGGGAAAACAAGGUGACUGUAGUUUUUCAUGAGACUGACUAAUGUGGGGUUAUUGGGUUAAUUAGCAUGUCAGAUGUUGUAAAUGAUCCAAAUACUUAAUGCCGCCGUGGGCUGGUUGCAUUUUGGUAUGUGUUUGAAAGUUAUUUGCGUAUUUUAUACUUUUCAUUUUAUAUGGACUGCUCAAUGUGAAGAAUAAAUACCAGUGCAAUUUCUUGAAUGUUUACAGCGACGCCUGGUGGUAUGCAGCGGAGACGGCGGUCCCCUACGCUGUAUUUCAACCAUCUACUGUAUGUUUUUGUUGUUUGAAGCAUUACUUACGGACCAAACAAUUGAGCUAAAACUGCCAAACCAAAGGCAGCUGUGACAAGCAACGGAAUCCAUCUCAUGUGCUAACGAGUUUAGAAAGCUGUACCUAGCGCCUCUGAAUUGUUUCGCUUUCCCUAUGAAAUUAAGAAAUCAUUUUGAAAACUGUAAAUAUCACAUUAUAAUUGUGUGAUAUUUUUCAUACAUGUUGAUAUUUAUAUCGACUAGGCCUACUGGUCAUCGUACUGUGUAUAUAAAAAUGUUUUGAAAAUA